AUGACUUAUGUUGUAUGUUUGUUUGUGUUUUCUUGCAGGAGGAGGAGAGUAGCCGCUUGGUGCGGACCUACCCCAAGAUGACUGAGGGCCAAGUGGAUGUGGGCACACAGACGGAGCCUGUGGUGGUGCUUUCUCUGGCUCAGGCUGCCGUUCUUGGUCUCAUCUCCCAGAAUGAAAUAUUUGGGGCCACCAUCGCCCCUAAUGGCUUUUACACAGGGGAGCCCAGAGAGUGUCCCCCACCUCCACCUGAGUCAGUGGAGUACGAGUAUGCUGACCAGCUGAUAGGAGCCAAUGGGGACUACCUGGCCGAGCCCGCUGGGGAGCCGGAGCCCCAGCCCCACUGCAGUGAGAGAAGACGGCCCGGGCCCCGUGGGAGGACCAAGAGGCCCAGAAGUGAGGGAGAAUUAGAGGGCCACUCACACAAAGUACCCGGUCCACAGCCCCAGGUUAAAGGUGAAAGACUCGAGUCUGAUACCCCUCCUUCCUGCAUUCACAUGAACAGCAGACGUAGCCCCGGCAAGUCAGAGGAUCCAGUCGCCCAGCAAGGUUCUCUAAAAGAGGAGCAGGCCUGUGGAAACUGUCCGUCAUGUGUUAGAGAUACGUCCAGGCCACAAGCAGACGGACAGCCAGAACAGGAACAAGAAGAAAGCUCCGGGAGAGAGAGAGAGAGGAAGGAAGAAGAGUUAGUGGUAGAGGAAGAAGAAGAGGAGGAGGCGCUAAACCUCAAGACCAGCACAGACACUGGCAGCCCUCUGGAGAACCGAUAUUAUGAUUCCAAUGAAGUGCCGUAUGAGUCUGCUGACAUGGCGCUGCCAGGAGAGUAUGAGGAGAAUGGCCAAGCCAUGCUGUGGUCAGACCCAGAGGGCCUCGCCAGACGAAUGCAGAUUGACCGACUGGACAUCAACGUGCAGAUCGAUGAGUCUUACUGCGUAGAUGUGGGAGAGGGUCUGAAACGCUGGAAGUGCCGCAUGUGUGAGAAGUCAUAUACAUCCAAAUAUAACCUUGUCACUCACAUCCUGGGCCAUAAUGGAAUUAAGCCCCAUGAAUGUCUACACUGUGGGAAGCUUUUCAAGCAGCCGAGUCACCUCCAGACUCACCUGCUCACCCACCAGGGAACCCGACCUCACAAGUGUACCGUUUGUGAGAAGGCCUUCACGCAAACCAGCCAUCUGAAAAGGCACAUGCUGCAGCAUUCAGACGUCAAGCCGUACAGCUGCCGCUUCUGUGGCCGUGGCUUCGCCUACCCCAGCGAGCUGAGGACCCACGAGAACAAGCACGAGAACGGCCAGUGCCACGUCUGCACCCAGUGUGGUCUCGAGUUCCCGACCUACGCACACCUGAAGCGCCACCUUGCCAGCCAUCAGGGCCCCACAACGUACCAGUGCACCGAGUGCCACAAGUCCUUCGCUUAUCGCAGCCAGUUGCAGAACCACUUGAUGAAGCACCAGAACGUGAGGCCUUAUGUCUGCCCCGAGUGCGGCAUGGAGUUUGUCCAGAUCCACCACCUCCGACAGCACGCUCUCACACACAAGGUACUGGCAGCGCACGCCCUCGCACUUAAGGGUAUGAAAGAAUUCAAGUGUGAUGUCUGUGCCAGAGAGUUCACCCUGUCUGCCAACCUGAAGAGACACAUGUUGAUCCAUGCCAGUGUGAGGCCCUUCCAGUGCCACGUCUGCUUCAAGACCUUUGUCCAGAAGCAGACCCUGAAAACGCACAUGAUUGUCCACCUGCCGGUCAAGCCUUUCAAAUGCAAGGUGUGCGGAAAAUCGUUCAACAGAAUGUACAACCUCCUCGGACACAUGCAUCUCCACGCUGGCAGCAAGCCCUUCAAGUGCCCUUACUGCACCAGCAAGUUCAACCUGAAGGGCAACCUCAGCCGACACAUGAAGGUCAAACACGGCAUCAUGGACGCCUCGAUAGACGGACAAGAGCCCCCCCAAGAGACAGAAGGCCAGGAGGACUACGAAGAGGAGAGCUUUGAAUUCAGUGAGCGAGAAAACCGAGCUAACAACAACAACACGCCAGACAUUGCUAAACUAUCUCAAAUGGAGUAUUACAGCACCUAUGGGAAGGGCGCAGGGCGCUUCAGCACUGCAUGAAUUAUUAAAAUGACCCCAAAUUGAAUAUAAGUGUGAACUAAUAAAAACAGGAUUGUUUUUUUUUUUAUUAUUAUUAUUAUUAUUUUUAGUUUUUUUUUUGCUGUCAAAGGCAUAGUGCUUGGGUUCUUCAAGGACGUAGAGAAAGCCCAGCAAACUGCACAUCAAUAUGCACUGGAAUCAGUCGAAAUGCUACAAAAUUUGAAAAUGUAUACUUUUUUAUCUAAUUCCAUAUUUUUCAUCUCUAAAGCAUUGCAAAUUUACAGAUUAAAUAUAUUUGAAAAAAAAAAUGAACAGUCUAAAAUAGGAUCAUUUAAGUUAAAAUAAAAUACUAUAUAAAUUUGUAUAUGUUGUCAGUAGCUUUACAACAAGUACAUCAUCUGAGCCCAAUUUGAUAAGCACACGUUUAGCGCAUACAUGACGGUUAUAUACUGCACUUGCUCAUUCAGACAAUCCCGGUGUCUCACAGUGUGCUGGGGUAAACCAAUGUGAACGGUUGAAGAAGGGAACAAGUGUUGCUGUUCAUUUCACUUGCCAAAGCUAAUCACAUUGCAGAGGUCAACGAUUCACUUUCAUUUAUACUGUGAUAAAUUAAAGUCAAGGUCUGCAAAAUGACUGGAUUUGCAAUCUGUGUUUUGUUGUAUAUUAUUGUACAGAAUGUAUCAGUCCACCUAUGCGUUGGCUGGUACUGUAAUCAGUGCGUUGCACUGAGGACCACAGUGUCUACUUUUUACAUUUCUGCAUUAACAAGCGUCACCCUGUAUUGAUCUCUAGUCUAUGAAUGUAACUGUUUCUGUGGAAUGUUUUAAGACGCUAAUGAAAAGAAAUGAAAACACCCUCUUUAAUGGUAGGACCCCUUUACCAAAGAAUUGGAUCAGAUCUUGCAUCUACGGGCUUCGUCAGUCUCUUUUUCCUUGCUGUUGUGUUGAGCUGGGACAUUGGAUUUCUUAGGGUCCAAUCGCAGACCUCGUGAAAUUACAUUCAGGUUCCCCUCCCACCCAUCUGUAGAUCUCUUCAAAAGAUUACCACAGAGAACAGACUGUGGUGCAGCAUCUCUUUCAACAAAACCUCACCAUUUUCCCCCCCAUCCAAGCCUUCACAAGACGAGACUGCAGCAUUUUUCAAAAGCAAUACAAACCCUGCAUUCGUAUUGCAGUUGUUUUUUCUUUUUUUUUCUCUUUUUUUUUUUAUGGAUGAAUCUCAACAAGAAUUGUCCCAAAAAACUCGGACAGAAAUAUUAAGUGCCCCAGUGUGUCUGGGAGAGCAUGCCAUCCAUCAUGCUGUACACUGGUCUCAAGUGAUGAACGACAACCUCCCAACAUGUGACAGGGCCAUGGACCUUGUGGAAAAUGAUUUGGAAAUGCUCAAUAUAUUCAGUUUCCCAGUGCUUAGCUUUUCAAACUUGUAACCUGCAAACAAGGUAUCCAUUUGCAAUGUUGAUAUAGCGCAUUUAAAAUAAAAAAAUGCUCAUUUUUGUGAGUUUUUCAGCUUCUGUGUUCACUCUGUCACUAUUUUAGUGAUGAUACAAAAAGGGGAAGAUGUUCGGCUUCAAUGGCUUUCUGUAUUAGACAUUAGUGUGGAGAUAAUGUGGAUAGAAUUGUAUGUACAAUGUUGUGUACCAGACAAUACUGUAAGAUAAUAAAUUUAUUUACCUUUAA